AUGGCCGAACGGCACGCUCCUGCGCCCCACGCCGCGGUGCGCGGCGGCGAUGCUGGCGGCCUCGCUGCUGGCGAUGCCAGCCGCGCCACUGGCACGUCGGUCGCCACUGUCACCACGUCUCUCGCCGCGGUGGAGCUCUGCGACGAGGACGUGGCAAUGCGCUGCUCUGCUCAAAGCGAUGCUGGCUCUGCUGCCGACCCUGAGUGGGAGGCAGUGCUGGCGCAGCUGCUAGCAGAGGAAGCAGAGGAAGAGGAGCUCUGCUGCCGCUUCGAGCGCUGUGGCGACGACUCCGACAACGGGACUUACGUCGGCGCGAGCCCCGACCCUGUCCGACGACUGCGCCAGCACAACGGCGAGCUCUCGGGAGGUGGCGCGCCCGCCGCGGGACGGCCGUGGCGCAUUCUGCUCGUUGUGUGUGGCUUCUCCUCGAAGAGCGAUGCGCUCGCUUUCGAGUGGGCGUGGCAGAAGCCGCACACGAGCCGGCACAUUGCGCGACAGUGGGGGGUGUGA